CCGGGCGCGAAGGCCACGAGCGGCUCCUCUUGCGCCGCCGGGCGCCCUCGCCGCCCGGGUCCUCCCACCGCCGUAUAAAGCCUGGGGCGGGCGGCAGCGCCCUUCGCUCUGCCCGCCGCGGAAGGAGGAGCGGCAUCCCGGGCGCGGCACCGGCUGCUCCUGGCGGCGCUUUUCCCCUUUCUCCCACCUCCUCCCUCGGGGCUGGCGGCGCGGGGAGCGGCGGCGGUGCGGAGGGGGAAGAUGGCGUGGAGCGGCGCCCGGCUCCCGCGGCUCCUCCUGCCGCUGCUGCUGGCCUUGGCGCUGCCGGUGGCGGGGGAGCGGCGCUCCGGGCCCGGCCCCGCAGAUAACCUCCUAGUUUUUACUGUAGCAACUAAAGAAACCGACGGCUUUCAUCGCUUCAUGCAGACUGCAAAGCACUUCAACUACACAGUGAAGGUACUUGGAAAAGGUGAAGAGUGGAAAGGUGGUGAGUUGGCGAACUCCAUUGGUGGAGGGCAGAAAGUCCGACUGCUGAAAGAAGGCAUACAGGGCUAUGCUGAUCAAGAGGACUUGAUUGUAAUGUUUGUUGAAUGCUAUGAUGUAAUCUUUGCGGGAGGACCUGAAGAACUGCUAAAGAAAUUUCAGGAAACAAAUCAUAAAGUAGUGUUUGCAGCAGAUGGAUUAAUUUGGCCAGAUAAAAGGCUAGCUGACAAGUAUCCUGUGGUCCGGAGUGGAAAACGAUUCCUGAACUCAGGAGGAUUUAUUGGUUAUGCUCCGUAUAUAAAUCGUAUUGUGCAGCAAUGGAAUCUGCAGGAUAAUGAUGAUGACCAGCUGUUUUACACCAAAAUCUAUGUUGACCCAUUGGCGAGGGAAAGCCUGAACAUUACUUUGGACCACAAGUGUGCUAUUUUCCAGACAUUAAAUGGAGCUGUUGAUGAAGUUCAUCUGAAUUUUGAAGAAGGGAAAGUAAGAGCAAGGAAUUCUGUGUAUGAAACAUUACCGAUCGCUGUUCUCGGAAAUGGUCCGACUAAAAUUUACUUGAAUUACUUGGGAAACUAUAUCCCCAAUGCUUGGACACGGGAAACUGGAUGCAGUAUUUGUGAUUUAGACAUGCUGGAUCUGUCAACAGUAACGGAAUAUCCCAGCGUAAAAAUUGGUGUUUUCAUUGAACAACCCACUCCUUUCCUACCUAAAUUUUUAGACAGACUGUUGACUCUGGAUUACCCAAAGGAGGCUCUCAGUGUUUUCAUUCAUAAUAAUGAGGUUUACCAUGAAAAGCACAUCAAGAAAUUCUGGGAAAAAGCCAAGAACAUUAUCAGAAAUAUAAAAAUUGUUGGACCUGAAGAAAAUCUGAGUCAAGCAGAAGCCCGGAACAUGGGAAUGGACCUUUGUCGCCAGGAUGAAGCAUGCGAAUACUACUUCAGCAUAGAUGCAGAUGUUGUACUGACAAACCCGAAGACUUUAAAGAUACUGAUAGAACAGAACAGAAAGAUAAUUGCUCCACUUGUAACUCGUCAUGGGAAGCUUUGGUCCAAUUUCUGGGGUGCUUUGAGCCCAGAUGGCUACUAUGCUCGUUCAGAAGAUUACAUUGAUAUUGUCCAAGGGAACAGAGUAGGAGUAUGGAAUAUACCUUAUAUGGCUAAUAUAUACUUGAUUAAGGGCCAAACUCUCAGGUCAGAGAUGAAAGAAAAGAACUACUUCAUGCGUGAUAAGCUGGAUCCUGAUAUGGCUCUCUGCAGGAAUGCCAGGGAAAUGGGUGUUUUCAUGUACAUUACAAACAGACAUGAAUUUGGAAGACUUAUCUCCACAGCCAAUUAUAACACCUCCCACUACAACAAUGACCUCUGGCAGAUAUUUGAGAAUCCUGUGGACUGGAAGGAAACCUACAUAAAUCCCAACUAUUCAAAGAUCUUUACUGAUAAUAUAGUAGAACAGCCAUGUCCAGAUGUUUUUUGGUUUCCCAUAUUUUCUGACACUGCUUGUGAUGAAUUGGUAGAAGAAAUGGAACAUUUUGGACAAUGGUCUGGUGGAAAACACCAAGACAGCCGUAUUUCUGGUGGUUAUGAAAAUGUCCCAACUGAUGAUAUCCACAUGAAGCAAAUUGGACUGGAUAACGAAUGGCUGCACUUCAUAAGAGAAUUCAUUGCACCAGUAACAUUAAAAGUGUUUGCUGGUUAUUAUACCAAGGGAUAUGCUUUAUUGAAUUUUGUUGUAAAAUAUAGCCCUGACAGACAACGAUCGCUCAGACCUCAUCACGACUCCUCUACAUUCACAAUCAACAUUGCACUCAACAAAGUAGGAGAGGAUUUUCAAGGAGGUGGAUGUAAAUUUCUUAGGUACAACUGCUCCAUUGAAUCACCAAGGAAAGGAUGGAGUUUUAUGCACCCAGGAAGACUCACUCAUUUACAUGAAGGACUUCCUAUCUUGAAUGGCACAAGAUACAUUGCAGUAUCAUUUAUUGACCCUUAAUUUUAUUGUUUUGCCCUCUUCAACAUCAGUGUUUGGUUCCUUACAUAAACAUUUAUUUAUAGUUUUCUUCUGGAAGAUGGUGAUACACGAAGUUACUGUUCCCAGACAGCAAGGUUACUUUGGGCUAAAAGAAUGAAAAAAGAAACUGUUUUUAAAUUGUUGAACAUUUCUCAUAUGUGCUCUGAGCCUUGAGUUACAAAGUAAACGUGUCCUGCUUAUUUUUCCAUUCUGCUGUCUUGAAGAAUAGGUGAGGAGGGAAAAUGGAAAAACAUUUUAUAAUUAAUUCAUUCUUUGUUGGGAAAAAAAAAACAUCCUAUAUGCAAAAUUACCUGAAAAAAUUAUUGUGGUUUCCAUUCUGUAAGUGACCCACCUGAAGUUGUGUGGUAUGUGUAUUUGGUACCAAUCGAUUAAAAAACACAGCAUAAAAACAGUAUGGAGUGAAUGUCAUAUACAGUCAUUGGGAGUCAAGCAAUAACUCCAUCAGCUGGUACAUACUGAAGGGAAAACAGCUUGGUAACAUGUCGUCUUAAUUCAUUUUUGUCAUUAGAGGAGAAAAAAAAAUUGCAAAGAAGGAGUAACAAAUAAUUUAGCUAAGAAAAAAUGUUUUUAUCAUUUGUUUUAAGAACUCAUCCUCUUGGAAAUUUAUUUUUCUUCACCAAGUGACCUUCCUUUCAAAUGAGUUAUUUUUCUAAAUGUGUAAUUGCACCCAAUUGAUGCUAGAAAUCUGAUGUUUAUUUUCACAGUGCUGAUAAAUUCUAAUAGCAGGAUAUUUUGUAAAGACAAUUUUCUAUUAUUUAAAAUUACUUGAAUUUUCUAUCAGGAAAAUGAAAUUGCGGAAGCCUCUUUUAAACCGAAGGAUCUUAACUUGCCAUUUGUUUUAAAGAAAUCCAUUUCAAAUAAUCCUACUGUAUCUACUGUUUGUAAUUUAAAGAAACUUGAAGCAAACUAUCUCAAAGUCUACCGUGCCAAGAUGCACAAUGUGUUGGAAAAACUUGUGAAAAAUAAAAGGUAAUUUUAAAUUAAAUGUAACAGCUUGUUACUUGACUGUAUUAAGUAGUUCUU